AUGCCUCGGGGUCAGAAGAGUAAGCUCCGUGCCCGUGAGAAACGUCGCCAGGCUCAGGCUCAGACUCAAGAAGAGCCUGAGGUUCUGGAGAAUGCUGAAGUCACUAUGUCAGAGGAAGAAGAGUCCCUUUUUCUCUUAUGUGAGCAGCUCAAUGAUAUUCCCCAGAUGUUAUCUGCUGCUGAAAGAGCCAGCAAUCAGCAAGAGCCUCAGAGAACCCCAUCCACCACCACUGCUGCUGCAGCUGUUUCAGAAACAAGAUCUAAUGAAAGUGUCUACAAGAAAAUAGAGGAAAGGUCCAAAGCCUCAUCAAUCCAUCAAGCUGCCACUGAGCCCUGGUUCAUAGGCCCUCUGGACACAAAGGUUGUUAUCUUGGUGCAUUACCUGCUGUACAAGUAUCAAAUGAAAGAACCAGUUACCAAGGCAGAUAUGCUGAGAAAUGUAAUCCAAAUGUACAAGAGCCACUUCUCUGAGAUCCUGAGGAAAGCCUCUGAGCACCUGGAGUUGAUCUUUGGUCUUGACCUGAAAGAAGUAGAUCCCAACAGGAACAUCUAUGUCCUCGUCAACAAAUUGGAAUUAAGCCAUGAUGCAAAAGUGAAUGAUGAUGGUAUGCCCAAGACUGGACUGUUGAUGAUUAUACUGGGUGUGAUCUUUACCAAGGGCAAUUGUGCCACUGAAGAGCAAGUCUGGGAAGUGCUAAAUAUGAUGGGGAUAUAUGAUGGGAGGAAGCAUUUCAUUUAUGGAGAACCCAGGAAGCUCAUUACUCAAGAUUUGGUGAAAGAAAAGUACCUGGAGUACCGCCAGGUGCCUAACAGUGAUCCUCCAUGCUACGAAUUCUUGUGGGGUCCAAGAGCCCAUGCUGAAACCAGCAAGAUGAAAGUCCUGGAAUUUUUAGCCAAGGUCCAAAAUGCCAUCCCAAGUGCCUUCCCAUCCUUGUAUGAAGAGGCUUUGAGAGAUGAAGAAGAGAGAGCCCAAGCCAGAGUUGCAGCCAGAGCUCGCACUCCUGCAGUGGCCGGUGCACGUUCCAAAGUCACAUCCAUCAGUUCUUCCUGCCCCAAGUGA